UGCAGAAGAUUAGGAAUUAUAGAAGUCGAUUAUUUUGGACUGCAAUUCACUGGUAGUAAAGGAGAAAAUCUGUGGCUCAAUUUGAGGAACAGGAUCUCCCAGCAGAUGGAUGGUUUAGCCCCUUAUCGAUUGAAAUUACGGGUCAAAUUCUUUGUAGAGCCGCAUCUUAUCUUACAAGAACAGACACGGCAUAUGUUUUUCUUACAUAUAAAAGAAGAUCUUCUGGCUGGUAAUCUUCAGUGUUCUUCAGACCAUGCAAUUGAACUCAGUGCAUUGCUGGCACAGAUGAAGUUUGGAGAUUAUAACCAGAACACUGCCAAGUACAGUUAUGAAGAGUUGUGUGCAAAAGAGCUCACCACUACCAUUUUGGAGAGUAUCAUUGCAAAGCACAAGGAACUAGAAGGUCUAAGUCAAGCUUCUGCUGAAUACCAGAUUCUUCAGAUUGUGUCAGCCCUGGAGAACUAUGGGGUAGAGUGGCACUCAGUAAGAGACAGUGAAGGACAAAAACUCCUUAUUGGUGUUGGACCUGAAGGCAUCUCCAUCUGUAAAGAUGAUUUUAGUCCUAUCAACAGGAUUGCCUAUCCUGUUGUUCAAAUGGCAACUCAGUCUGGGAAGAAUGUCUAUCUGACUGUUACCAAGGAGUCUGGUAAUAGCGUAGUUCUUCUGUUUAAGAUGAUCAGCACAAGAGCAGCAAGUGGACUUUACAGAGCAAUUACAGAGACACAUGCCUUUUACAGGUGUGACACUGUCACUAGUGCUGUCAUGAUGCAGUAUAGUCGAGAUCUAAAGGGUCACCUAGCAUCUCUGUUUCUGAAUGAAAACAUUAAUCUUGGAAAAAAAUACGUCUUUGACAUCAAAAGAACAUCAAAAGAAGUUUAUGAUCAUGCAAGGCGAGCUCUUUAUAAUGCAGGCAUUGUAGAUCUUGUUUCAAGAAGUGACCAAACCCCACCAAGUUCUCCCCUUAAGUCUUCAGAAAGUAGUAUGAACUGUGACAACUGUGAGGGUCUCAGCUGCCAGCAAACAAAAGCCCUACAGGAGAAGUUACGGAAGCUUAAAGAGUCCAUGCUUUGUAUGGUGUGUUGUGAAGAAGAAAUAAAUUCAACCUUUUGUCCCUGUGGCCACACAGUCUGCUGCAAGACCUGUGCUGCCCAACUGCAGUCAUGUCCUGUUUGCAGAUCUCGUGUAGAGCAUGUCCAGCAUGUGUACUUGCCAACCCAUACCAGUCUGCUCAAUUUGACAGUGAUAUGAUCUCCGUACACACUUUAAACUCAUCAUGGACUUUCUAAACUGCACUAAUUUGAAUUGCAACCAUUGAUUGUGAAGACAGCAAUCACCAAUCUGCAAUCAAGAGCAAAAAUGCUACAUCUCUGAGCAUAACUAUUCUUUUUCAGCAUGCCCAGGAAGAUGGUUUGGGACUGCUUUUGAGAGCAGAUCUGUAAACAAUUCAUGUUACUUUAAAGGAGAAUGGUGUGUAAGUUUGUAGCAUGGCAGUGUUGCCAACAAGCUAAGUAAACCUGGAGAAAUAUGGUGUGUGCAUAUUGAUAUACCCAGCAAGAGCAAUGCAGCAUUUACUUUUACACUUCUAAAAUUCUUUUUAGUACAGUCACUGUUUAUUUUAAUAGCAAAACUAGCUUUUACAAAUAGCAGUUUAAUAUGGUUCAUAGUUUCUGCUUUUAGUAAACUGUUUUAAAGGGGGGUAAACUUGUAAAAAUUGAUUCUUAAACUAAAGUUACAAGGCUUUCAUCAAGCAGCUGCAUUUAAUAAAGAAUUCUGAGAAGAUUAUAGUAUAGCUUUGAAAGUGUAGAACAAGUUUGAUUUCUAAAUGUUGAGGGUGGGUUAGGAAAGUUUUCUGGUCGUGCUACCCCAG